AUGCCAACCGAACUGCUCGACAAGAGCUCCCUGGUGCAGGAUGAUAUCAAGAGCCCAUAUCCGGAAAUUUUAGAGGAGCUAGAUUCCUCCAAAAAUCAGGAAUCAUCUCAGCCUGCCACCUUGAAACGUCGCUUUAAUCUCCUCACUCUCCUCUCCAUGGUCAUCGCUGCAAGUGCUGGUUGGGAAUCAAUCAUUACGUCUCUUUAUCAAGUUUGUAUUGGAGGCGGCCCAACUGUCCUGGUAUGGGGUUAUAUAAUUUCUGCCAUUGCGGCGAUUUUUGUUUCAUGCUCGCUUGCUGAAUUUGCAAGUAUAUGGCCCACCUCUGCCGGACAAUCCCAUUGGACUGUAGCUCUAUCCCCACCUAAAUACCGCAAAAUUCUGGGUUGGUACUCUGCAUGGGUUCUUCUUUUAAUGACUACCCUUUCAUCAAUUGGCGCUGUGUACGCGUGCUGUAUGCAGACUCAAUCUAUGGUCGCCAUUACUCAUCCCGAUUAUGUUGCCGAAAGAUGGCAUGUAUAUGUAAUGUUUCUUUUCAUUUCCAUCUUCACUCUCACCGUCAACGGCAUGGCACCUCGAAUAAUCCACUAUGUUUCAAUCUUUGGAAUGAUUUUUCAUAUUCUUGGAUUCUUUGCCAUCAUCAUAACACUUCUUAUUACGACUAAAAACAAGAACAGUGCACGUGAUGUCUUUUGGUCUAUUCAAGACAACACGGGGUGGAAUAGUGACACAAUGGCCUUUUUCAUCGGCAUGCUUCCUGGUGCAUUCGGAUUUCUUGCAAUUGAUAUGCCAGCUCGAUAUUCCGAAGAGACGAAAAAACCUGGCUUGGACGUCCCACGAUCUAUGUGUUGGGGUAUUGUCGGAACCGCACUUAUUGGAUUGGUUUUCGUGUUGGCUCUUGCCUUCUGCAUGGGUGAUCCGGCGGAGCUCCUCCAGAGUCCAAUUGUGUCCCUCAAUCCUUUAGCAUUGAUCGUGAUUAACUCGACAGGCUCUACCGCUGCGGCGAUCGGGCUCUCGGCGAGUAUUGUUAUUGUGGCAUUUACUUCUUCCAUUGACAGCGUUGGCUCUGUUUCUAGAGUCAUCAUGGCGCUGGCAAGAGACAACAUCCUCCCCUUCGGUGAAUUCUUUGCUCAGAUCCAUCCAAAAUGGAACGCGCCAUUCAACGCCGUCUGUCUUGCGGUUGCCCUUGAGAUUUCAAUUGCAGUCAUUUACGUGGGCAAUGCUACUGCAUACUAUUGCAUCGCAAGUGGCGUUGUUACGCUCCAGGUGUCGAGUUACAUGCUUCCCAUCGCCCUUCAGCUAAUUUUCCGCAAACGGAACAACAUCAAGUACGGAGAAUGGUCUCUAGGGUCUAAGAGAUAUUUUUUCAACAUCAUGGGAAUUCUGAUCGAUUUGCUGAUAUUUAUUGUCAUGUUAUUCCCAACUACAAAGCCAAUAACUGCUUCAAACAUGAAUUAUGGCUCCGCGAUUGUAGGCGGUACCUUGAUUCUGGCGACAAUUCUCUAUUUCAUUUGGGGGAAGAAGCACUACAUCGGGCCCUUGAUACACCUGGAGGGAAUGAGCCCAAAUUAAGCAGUACCCUAAGUAAUCGACUGGAAUAUUUCCAAAUCCUGGCUGGAAGAUGUCCAAGUUGGGUCCUCACGGGAUAGUUAUGAGUACGGAGUCUUCAAUACACGAAACCACCUAGUUUGUAUCUCACUAGCAAGCCGAUCUCCUAUCAUCUUCCCUAAUAUAAGACUUGAUAUUCACUGGGUAGAGAUAAGCUCGGCGUGGGUGGAAACCCGGAACGG